AUGCCACCUGGCGACCCGGUGCAAUGGACGCGGAUUGGGAUGAGACCACCCAACUAUGUUUUCGGCCGCAUCCCAGAGCCGGCCGGGAGGCACCGAGUCCUGCGCGACGAGGCGGAGCCCCGCGAUCACCUGUUGAGUCGUCAACUCCUCCCUCCACCGGGAGGGCAGUCGGUGCCUACCGUCGUCACCGCGCUCGCCUUCGAUUCAAGCCAGGAACUCCUGUGGGCUGGAAACGGAUAUGGCCGUGUUACAUCCUUCUAUGCAAAUAACCUUCAAAGAUACACAUCCUUCCGCGCGCACCCACCGUCCGAGGGUGCGGUGCACCAGCUGCUAUUCAAUGACAAGGGGGUUCUCGCACUGGGCGCCCGAGGCAUCCACAUGGCCCUUCGGAGAGGACCGCCAGUAUGGCCACAUAUCAGUGCUGAAGAUAUGAGAGACCUCCGGUGCAUGAGUUUCACCUCGAAGGCGACCUCCGAAAUCCUUGUCGCCGGUGUACAAGAUACAAUGUUUAUAUCCACCGCACACCACUACAUCAAGAUGAAAAAGGGCCGUUACAUAUGCGCAGCUACAACCGAUGGCAAUGUCCACAUCCUCGAUCCCGUCAAGUUCAACAUCAUACACAAAUGGCGCGCCCACUCUGCCUUUAUAAACGACAUGGACGUCCAGCAGGACUUUGUUGUCACGUGUGGUACCUCACUGAAGCAACCCGCGGCUACUUAUAUGCUCGACCCUUUUGUCAUGGUCUUCGAUCUGAAAAACCUGGCCACGAUGCCUCCUAUACCCUUUCCCCCGCUGGCAGCCUAUGUCCGCAUGCACCCGCGCAUGCUCACGACAGGAAUAGUUGCUUCUCAGGGUGGUCAGAUGCAUGUGGUGGACCUGCUGAAUCCAAACACUAGCAAUGUCGAGGACACACGGGUAGCUGAGAAGACCACACUUGCCAUACGCGCACCGAAGUUCCUCAGUGAAAAGGCCAGAGAUGCGGCGAAGGUAUCAAGCAGCGCGACUGCCCCCGAUGGGCAGGUGGAUAUGGCCGUUGGCGCCUUGGGUACAGCCGAGCUGGAAAGCCUGCGGCUGGAUGUUCCAGCUCUUUACCAGAGCGUCGAGAUCUCGUUCAGCAAGUACGGAGUGGAUGACUUCGAUUUCGGCUUUUACAACAUGACCCGAUACGCUGGCCUGGAAAACCACAUCGCAAAUUCCUAUGCAAACUCCCUUCUCCAGGUCUUGCACUUCACACCGUUGGUUCGAAACUUGGCUCUCCAGCACGCGGCGACAGAUUGCCUGAGCGAGAUGUGUCUGCUCUGUGAGCUUGGGUACCUGUCGGACAUGUUGCAGAAGACGGAGGGCUCAUCAUGUCAUGCGUCAAACCUGUUGAAAUGCCUUAGCAACCAUCCUCCAGCGUCUCGCCUUGGCCUCUUGGAGGAAGACUCGCGACAAGGCUCUCUUACGAAGAUGAUGCAGCAGCUCACGAGAUUCUUACUUCAAACCAUGGCAGACGACUACCGCACCAAGUCCCCCAUCCCUACCGCGAUGCAGGAAAUCCUUGCUACGUCUGCCCUCACCACGAUCAAAUGCUUGAACUGUGGGAAUGAGACCAGUCGGUCGGGCUCGAAUUAUGUGACGGACUUGACGUACCCGAUGACCAAGGGCCGCGGAAGCCGUUCCACGAAGACAACGUUCUCUCAAGUGUUGAAAAAUAGCGUGGAAGGGGAAGGAGCCAUGAAAGGCUGGUGUAUCCGCUGCAAUCGAUACCAAUCCCUACAGGCCCGCAAGACCAUACAAGGUAUUCCCUCAGUAUUGACGCUGAAUGUCCCGGUGGCGGAGCAUCGCGACAACGAGCUCGAACAAAGGAUGUUAUGGGCGAACCCAGGAUGGCUUCCGGAGGAGAUCGGUAUCAUAGUAGACAACGGCUCCUUCUUUUGCUAUCAGGGCGAGGACCUGAAACUACACCUUCAACGCGGAGUGCACAACAUCCAGGUUUACUCGCUCAUCGGCCUGUCGGUCAACAUCGAGAGCGGGUCACCGCAGAAAUCACACCUUGGGGCCCUGUCACCAGGAAGCGUUGAUACAGGAUCGAGUCAUAAACCGCACCUUGUAGCCAUGGUCAACGUUGCGCAUGCCGAGCCGUCGCCCCCAGGAGACAGCCAGUGGCACCUCUUCAACGACUUCUCCGUCAAAGUGUCAGCUGCAGAGGCUCUAACCUUCAACGCCAGGUGGAAAAUGCCGUCUGUGCUUGUCUACCAGCUGAAAACUGCAAACAACAAUCUCGACACCGAAUGGGUCAAGAAUAUAGAUACCUCGGUACUGCACAUUGACUUCAAGCCUGACGCAAAUGAGCACCCAUAUCGUACCCUCGACCCGGUCAUAGAACGGCCGGGACCCGAGACCACGGUUGCUCUUGACACGGAGUUUGUACUGGCAAAACAGUCAGAGGUGGAGAUGAAAUCGGAUGGCGUUAGAGAGGUCAUCCGGCCUAACUUCCACGCGCUGGCUCGUGUCUCUAUCGUGCGCGGCGAGGGCGAGGACGAGGGCCUGGCCUUCAUAGACGACUGGAUCCAGGUCAGGGAGCCGGUCAUCGACUACCUGCACAGCUACUCGGGCAUUAAGCCAGACGACCUCGACCCGCGCAACAGCAGGCACUGCCUGGUGUCCCUCAAGGUCGCGUACAAGCGGCUCUGGGUGCUCCUGAACCUCGGGUGCAAGUUCGUCGGGCACGGCCUCAAGGGGGACUUCCGCGUCAUCAACAUCCAGGUGCCCAAGGCGCAGAUCAUCGACACGAUCGACCUCUUCUACCAGAAGAACUACCGGCGCAAGCUCAGCCUCAAGUUCCUGGCCUGGUACCUGCUCAAGGAGGGCAUCCAGGUCGACACGCACGACUCAAUCGAGGACGCACGCAUCGCGCUCAAGCUCUACAAGAAGUUCCAGGAGUUCGACGAUGCGGGCAUCACCAAGAUGAUGCUCAACGAGAUCUACAGGGCCGGCGACAGCGUCGGGUGGAAGCCGCCCGGGAGCACCACCACGGCGACCGAGCAGCAGCAGGCGGCUUUGCAGAGGAGCCCCACGCCCAUCUCCGAGGGGCCCUCGACGCCCGUUAGGAAGGGGCUGGCUGGGGCUCAGGGGGCACUUACGCCCAGCUGGUCGGCCGGGCCAGGAGCAGGUGGGUUCACCCCGGGAAGAGGGAGCCCUCUUAAGUAG